AAGAAGUCGCGUUGAAGUCGUCAUUAAGCGGGAAGCGGCCGCUGUGUUUUUGUUAUUUAGCUGCUAGUUUAGGGAAAGAAAGGGCGACUGGAUUCCUCAACAUGCCCCGGGAGAUCAUAACCCUCCAGCUGGGACAAUGCGGAAACCAAAUUGGCUUUGAGUUCUGGAAGCAGCUGUGUGCAGAGCACGGCAUCAGUCCAGAGGGGAUCGUGGAGGACUUUGCAACAGAAGGCACCGACAGAAAGGACGUGUUCUUCUAUCAGGCUGAUGAUGAGCACUACAUCCCUCGGGCCGUUCUGCUGGAUCUGGAGCCCCGUGUGAUCCACUCCAUCCUCAACUCCCCUUAUGCGAACCUGUACAACCCGGAGAACAUCUACCUGUCGGAGCAUGGCGGCGGCGCCGGCAACAACUGGGCCAGUGGAUAUUCACAGGGGAAAAAAAUUCAAGAGGACAUCUUCGACAUAAUCGACCGGGAAGCAGAUGGCAGCGACAGUCUGGAGGGAUUCGUCCUGUGCCACUCGAUUGCCGGGGGCACGGGCUCGGGCCUGGGAUCGUACCUGCUGGAGAAGCUCAACGACAGGUACCCAAAGAAGCUGGUGCAGACGUACUCCGUCUUCCCGAACCAGGACGAGAUGAGCGACGUGGUGGUUCAGCCGUACAACUCGCUGCUCACGCUGAAGAGGCUCACUCAGAACGCCGACUGCGUGGUGGUGCUGGAUAACACGGCCCUGAACCGCAUCGCCACCGACAGGCUGCACAUCCAGAACCCCUCCUUCUCCCAGAUCAAUCAGCUGGUCUCCACCAUCAUGUCUGCCAGCACCACCACGCUGCGCUACCCGGGCUACAUGAACAACGACCUGAUCGGCCUGAUCGCCUCGCUCAUCCCCACGCCCCGCCUCCACUUCCUCAUGACCGGAUACACGCCGCUGACCACCGACCAGUCGGUGGCGAGCGUGAGGAAAACCACGGUGCUGGACGUGAUGAGGAGGCUCCUGCAGCCCAAGAACGUCAUGGUGUCCACGGGCAGGGAGAGGCAGCCCAGCCACUGCUACAUCGCCAUUCUGAACAUAAUCCAGGGAGAGGUGGACCCCACGCAGGUGCAUAAAAGCCUCCAGAGGAUCAGGGAGCGCAAGCUGGCCAGUUUCAUCCCCUGGGGUCCGGCCAGCAUCCAGGUGGCCUUGUCCAGGAAGUCCCCCUACCUGCCCUCGGCGCACAGAGUCAGCGGCCUGAUGAUGGCCAACCACACCAGCAUUUCCUCGUUGUUCGAGCGGACGUGCCGGCAGUACGACAAGCUGCGCAAGCGCGAGGCCUUCCUGGAGCAGUUCCGCAAAGAGGACAUAUUCAAGGACAACUUCGACGAGCUGGACAACUCCCGCGAAGUGGUCCAGCAGCUGAUCGACGAGUACAGCGCCGCCACGCGGCCCGACUACAUCUCCUGGGGAACGCAGGAGCAGUGAACAGUCGGACUCCCUCAGCUCGGGCUUCUUCCUGACUCCCCAACAAUGUAUUUAUUGUUUUCUUAUAGCAUGUAAGGAAGUGUCGGCGUCUCAAAAUUGAAGAAAACCGACAUGAAUCCAUCCUAUUAACCAAAACCUUAACUUUUGUUUUGUGGACGUUCUGGUGACUCUUAACUCCUGUUAGCCGUUCAGUGAGGCUCGUCUUGGAACUCCUGUCGUCUUCAUGCCUGCUCCAGCCAUGUGAAACGACCCGCUGCCUUGUUUUGGUCUAUUUUUAUACAGAGUACAGUUCUUGGGUGUCCGUGCAGGUGAUUUAUAGUAAAACAUCCACUGGAUUCUAAUUAAAGAUGGGACGGACAUCCCACACAUUUCUACCUUCUGUCUGCUGCUCACAGAAACACACACACACACACACACGAGCCAUAAAUUUAAAUACCUGCUUUGAGUUCACAGUUUAGCCGAAAGUAACAUUUGCACAGAGGAAGACGCCGUUCAGGACGAACCUUCAGCCUCUCCGCCUGUAAAGAUCCUCUCCUGCGAACAUACCGUCUCAUGUUGCUUUGCUUGUUGGACCUGUUUGAAAAAUGACGAAUAAACUCUUUUUCUAGUA